UUGUCAAACUACAAUUAACAACGCCAAAAAGGAGAAAGCGACAAGUAUGGAUGCGGAAAUGUGUGGACAGCCCCAAACGGGACAACAGCAGCGAGAACGCCAAGUAGCAAGGCGGCAACAGAAAGAAGAAUUGGAAGUAGCGGCAAAUAUGGAGGAGCUCUCCUCCAACUCCACGGAGUUGGCAAGAAGUGUACGACUCUUGAGGAACUGGAACUGCGGGCCGUCCGUGUGGUUCCAUUGCCUGGCCAUGCUGGUGCUGCCGCUGCUCAUAUUUUUUCUACUCAAAUUCUACCUUCUGGAGAAGUGUUUGACCUGCAGCAAGUUGAAGGUUGAUAUUGUGUCGUCGGUGUCCGCUGUUCUGGCCGUUCACAUCAUGCUGCUGAUAUAUAUUGUGCGUGCCAAUUGGCUGGGUGGCGGAUUGGAGGCAGAUCUGUGCUUCAAAGACGACUAGU